UGGGCGCUGUCUAAAGCGGCGCCGGUACACAUCAAAAAAACACAGGAAGAGAGGGUAGAGCGGGAAAAACGUAUUUUAGGCAAAAAGGUAGUGGUAAAACCAAGCACGAACACCGGCACACCGGUGAAGUUCGGCAAGGGCGACGUAGUCUACUACAAAGCACACCACUUAUCUAAGGCACACAAAGAUUUUCACGCCGGUUUCGCACCAAAGUGGUGGGGACCGGUAAGACUGGCGAAACAGGUCGGGAAAGGAGUCUUCCAAACCGACCAACAACCACCGCGGAAAAUACAUGUGUCAUGCUUAAAACGGGCACCGAUAGGCCAACAUUAAAUAAACAAUUGUCUGUAAUAAUAAUCAUUUACAGACAACAUGACCGGCCAACAGCAGGAGAAGUGGCAGCAGGUGGCCGAGUUAAUCCAACGGCUGGGGCUGGUAUCCGGUGGCCAGGAUGAGCCGCGAACAGCCGCCCAGGUCGCGAGGAUGACUACCCGCCAACUCCUGCAGGAUCCAGUGCGGGCGGCCAUCUACAACCGGGGCUGGGCGGACCGUACGAUGGACAUCCAGCGGAGGUUGCGGCCACACCGACCACCAUCAACAUCAACACCCGGCAGCCGCACACCGUCCCUGACAAGGCCACCACCCCCAGCAACGACACCUGCCCCCGUAACACCUGCGGAGCCGGCACCGGUACCCAGGCAAACGGGGGUACUCCCCGGCCCAACGGGAAAGGUGAGGACGGAGGCGCAGCAGGCACGGAACCGCCGGAAAUUCCAGCAGCUAAAGGAAAAGAGGAAAGCCAGGGAAAGCGAGGCAAGCCAACAACGUCGGCUUGCCAAGCAACCCGCGCCAACCUCAGACCCGGAAGCAGCCGGCACGCCUCCGGCCAACCCAACACCGAUGGAGGUGGACAAACCGGCAUCCAAGGACGGCAAGUCCGAGGAGCCGGGACAGCCCACCAGCCAGGAGUCACCAGACCAAUCAGAGGCCACGGUGGACAUAACCGAGGCAGAUUGGCUGGUGGCGUUCGAGGGGAUGCCGGAGUUAGACGACACUCACUCGUUCUACACACCGGUAGGGUCCCCAAAACACCCCCAGUAA